AUGGCUAAAAAAGAGGAUCUUCUCCUACUGGGUCUCUCCGAGGCGAAAGCCGCAGAAACUUUGAAAAAUGUGAAGCUUACUGAGACAAUCGGAUCGAUUAUCGCCUCGGCGAAAGAGUCCGGAGAGCUCAAUAAGCAAAAGGGCAAUCUUUUGUAUCAAUUGGCGACGAAAUUGAAGCCACAAGUGGCUCCAAGUGCUCCAUUAGUUGUCAAGUAUAUUAUGAACGAUGGAAUUAAGACUGAGCCGCAGCUGUCCGCCGCCAUCGAAUACCUCCUUUCGCACACCGUAAAAGGAAUCGAGGUGCCCGCAUUCGAAAAGUCAUGCGGUGUGGGCGUUGUGGUGACGAUCGAUGAUAUUGAGAACGCCGUUACCAAGGUGAUCAACGAGCACCGAGAGAAAAUAGUGGCCGAGAGGUAUUCGUUCCCCGCCGGCAAACUGCUCGGAGAGUUGAGAGCUCUGUUGCCGUGGGCUGAUGGAGCCAUCACGAAGAAGGAGGUUGAUUUGAGAUUUUUGGAAUUGUUGGGACCGAAGACUGCUGAGGAUUUGGCACCGAAGAAGAAGGAGAAGAAGGUUGAGGCGCCAAAGGCAACAAAAGAAACCGCCAAAACCAGUGGAACCUCUGCCGAAAACAAAAAGAAAGACACCACUCCAACCGCUGAAGAUGAUUUCAGUGAAGGAGCCGAGACUAUGGACGAGUUGCUCCGAACCCGUGCUCAUUUCCACAAAGUCGGCGAAAACUUCAAGACUGACGGCUACGUGACAACACCGAAAACCGCCGAACUUCUGAAGGCUCACGUCGCCGCCGUCGGAGGGAAAGUGGUUACAAGAUUCCCACCGGAGCCGAAUGGUGUUCUUCAUAUUGGACACGCGAAGGCUAUCAAUAUCAAUUUCGGUUAUGCGAAAGCAAUGGGUGGACUUUGUAAUUUGAGAUUUGAUGAUACGAAUCCAGAGAAGGAAGAGGAGAAAUUCUUCACUGCUAUCGAGGAUAUUGUCAACUGGUUGGGUUAUAAUCCAGCAAGAGUCACUCAUUCUUCUGAUAACUUCCAACAACUAUACCUAUGGGCUGUCAAGUUGAUUCAGAAAGGUCUUGCCUAUGUCUGCCAUCAAAAAGUGGAGGAAAUGCGUGGAUUCGAAGUUCAAAUGAGUCCAUGGCGUGAUCGAUCGAUUGAGGAUAAUCUCCAAUUGUUUGAAGAUAUGAAACACGGAAAAUACGACGAGGGAGAAGCGACUCUCCGUCUGAAACUCACUCUGGAAGAGGGAAAAGUGGAUCCAGUCGCCUACCGUAUCAAAUAUGUUCCACAUCAUCGGACUGGAAAUCAAUGGUGUAUCUACCCGACGUAUGACUACACUCAUUGUCUUUGUGAUUCAAUUGAAAAUAUUACUCAUUCUCUGUGCACAAAAGAAUUCCAAUCGAGACGCAGUUCUUAUUAUUGGUUGUGCAAUGCUCUUGAUAUCUAUUGUCCGGUACAAUGGGAAUACGGACGUCUCAAUGUGAAUUACACCGUUGUUUCGAAGCGAAAGAUUCUGAAAUUGAUCACGACGAAGACUGUAAAUGAUUGGGAUGAUCCGAGACUCUUCACGUUGACAGCACUCAGAAGACGUGGAAUUCCAUCGGAAGCUAUCAAUCGUUUUGUGGCGAAAUUGGGAUUAACAAUGUCUCAAAUGGUGAUUGAUCCACAUGUUCUUGAUGCAACUGUCAGGGAUUAUUUGAAUGUUCAUGCGCCGAGAACCAUGGCUGUGCUCGACGGAUUGAAGCUCACCAUUGAGAACUUUGACGAUUUGAAUCUCCCAUCGACCGCCGAUGUUCCAGACUUCCCAUCCGAUCCAUCUGAUCCACGCAAGCAUUCCGUAUCCGUGGAUCGUGAGAUCUUCAUCGAGAAAUCCGACUAUAAACCCGACGAUUCUGACAAGUCCUUCAGAAGAUUGACACCAAAACAGGCCGUCGGUCUGAAGCAUAUCGGUCUGGUGCUUCGAUUCGUUAAAGAAGUCAAGGACGCAGCUGGACACGUGGAAGAAGUCGUUGUGAGAGCUGAGAAGCUGACGGAAGGAGAGAAACCGAAGGCAUUCAUUCAUUGGGUUGCGAAGCCAGUCUCUGCUGAAGUCAGAUUGUAUGAGAGACUCUUCAAAAGCAAGAAUCCAGAGGACGCUCAGGCGCUUCCAGGUGGAUUCCUGACUGAUAUCAAUCCGGAUUCACUGACUGUUCUCUACAAUGCUCUCAUCGAUCAAUCGAUUGCCAAAUCUAAAGUUUACGACAGAUUCCAGUUCGAACGAAUCGGAUUCUUCUGUGUCGACAAGGACUCGACAUCGGCGAAACUCGUCUUCAAUCGUACUGUCGUGCUGAAAGAUGGUGGAGCUUCUGGAAAGAAUUGA